AUGUCGGUGGAGCAGCUCGACUACAGCUUAUUGGACGCUUUCAAUGAUGAACAAACUCCUGCCGACCUGGCGGAGAUUGAACUUUUCGAGACCGAUCCCGACUUCAUUGAUCCACGCUGUGGAUCGAAGAGCUGGAAAGAUUUAGCUGAGGUAGUAGUUGCCCUCGCGAACUAUAUAUUGACUAAAUCUGAAUGGGACGAAAGCUUGAUGGAAUGUACUAAGCAAGCCCGAGAUUUACAUUUUAUCUUCAACAUUGAGAAGUUGAUUGAGUGUGUAACAGACGCUAUGGAGGACUCUGGAGACAAUGUGGAAAGAGAGGUUUUUCGCCAAGCGAGAAGGAAAAAGAACAAACGCCUUUUUGAAAUGAUGCUGAGCUUGCGUAAGCAGGCAGGAUAA